CCAUAAAAAUAAAAUCAAGGAUAAUUAUUUUUGUUUUUAUUCUAAAAAUAAUAUUAAAGGAUAAUUCAAGGUUUCAGGCAAUGAGUGAGUAAUAUAGAAACCCAACAUUCGAACAUAUUUUUUGCCGCCAUUAAAACCCCAAUUUCUUUUGCAAACUCUAAUUUUCGAGUUUUUAUCAGCAAAAUUCCAUUCACAAUUUGUGCAUUAAAACUCAAUUUCUGCUCCUUCUGGUCUUGGUCCAAACCCAAGUUUUAGAGUUUUAUUGUGAAAUUGUUAUGGUGGUACAAGAAUUUGGCCAUUAAAGCUUGGCUUAUCUUCCAGAAAUGGAGUCUACAGUGGCCUUACGGGAAGGCUUUUUCAUUUUUAGGCAGAGAGCUUCUUGGUUCAAUGGAGCUUUUCCGUCGGUUCUAUGCUCUGUGAUUUCAUUGAAUUGUUCCGGGGAGAAGAGAAAGGAUAAUUUGCACAUGCAUGCGUGUUCCUCAUAUACGAACUCUAUUCCAGUCACAAGGGUGCCAUUGUCAAGGAAGCAAAGGAUUUCUACUAGAGCGAUGCCAUCCGAAACAGAAACUGAGCCCGAAAGCAAUAACGACAAUGGGAACAAACAAUUUAAGGAUGGGGAACUGCCACCUCCUUUGGAUCCUUUUCAACAAAAUAAUCGGGGUCCUAGUCCUCCACCUUCCAUUGGGGAAACUCAGCCCACGGACAUGGAUUUGCUAAAAUCUUCAGAGCCAGGGGAGGAAACCUCUGAGGAAGUCAAUGAUCAAGCAACUAUACAAGAUAUGAAUGAAACUUCAGAAGUAGCAAGUGGCUCCCCUCUACCCGGUCUGAAGCCACCUGGUGAACUCAUCAGAAUUCCAAAGGCAUCUAUUGAUAUUUUGAAGGAUCAAGUGUUUGGUUUUGAUACAUUCUUUAUCACUAGCCAAGAACCAUACGAGGGUGGAGUAUUGUUCAAAGGGAACUUGCGAGGACUAGCUGCUAGAAGCUAUGAAAAGAUAACAAAACGGAUGCAGGAUAGGUUUGGGGAUCAAUACAAGCUUUUCAUCCUUGCAAAUCCAGAGGAUGAUAAGCCAGUGGCUGUAGUUGUCCCCAAGGAAACAUUGCAGCCUGAGACAACAGCUGUUCCGGAAUGGUUUGCUGCUGGUGCAUUUGGCUUAGUCACCAUUUUCACUUUACUCCUCCGAAACGUGCCUGGUCUGCAGUCAAACUUACUGUCAACUUUUGAUAAUCUACAAUUGUUGAAGGAUGGUCUUCCUGGAGCCCUUAUCACGGCUGGAGUGCUAGCAGCACAUGAACUUGGCCACCUUUUAGUAGCCAAAUAUGUUGGAGCCAAGCUUGGAGUACCUUAUUUUGUUCCUAGUUGGCAGAUAGGUUCUUUUGGUGCUAUAACAAGGAUCAUCAGCAUCAUGUCUAAGCGAGAAGAUCUGGUGAAGAUUGCGGCAGCUGGACCUCUGGCUGGAUUUUCAAUUGGGUUCUUAAUUCUUCUAUUGGGGUUUGUUCUCCCUCCAAGUGAUGGCUUUGGUAUUGUCGUCGAUGCCACAGUAUUCCAUGAUUCGUUUCUUGUUGGGGGUAUUGCUAAACUCCUUCUUGGGGACGUUCUAAAAGAAGGUACUCCUUUAUCCAUCAACCCACUAGUGAUAUGGGCAUGGUCUGGGCUUCUCAUUAAUGCUAUCAACAGCAUCCCUGCAGGGGAGCUAGAUGGUGGGCGUAUUGCCUUUGCAUUAUGGGGAAGAAAGCCGUGGUCUCGCAUUACUGGGGUCUCUAUUGCACUUCUUGGUUUCUCCGCAUUAUUCAAUGAUGUCGCAUUCUAUUGGGUUGCUCUGAUUUUCUUCUUGCAGAGAGGGCCAAUUGCUCCUUUAUCAGAGGAGAUCACUGAUCCAGAAGACAAAUAUGUAGCUCUUGGUGUGACGGUUCUUCUCCUGGGACUUCUUAUACUUGUACCUUAUCCACUUUCUUUCACAGCAGAAAGCAUGGUCUAGAAAUUUAACUCAGGGUGGCAUUUUCUGCUAGACUAUAGUAUAAUAUCCUUUGUAUAAUUAGAUAGGAGGCUCUGAAAUUUUGUCACUUGCAUCAAGUGAGCUAUGUACAUCUUCUGUAAUCCUGAUUCUUAACUGUUAUCUACUGUUCAACGGAGAUACAAAAAUCCAUAGAAAUUCAUAUC